AUAAUGUAAGCAGUCCGAUGAAAACGAAGUUGUAAACUCUGUGCGCCAGUACAGUGUUAGUAGGCGCCUCCCGGCCCCACCUCAGCUCCGGCUCCCUCCCGCGGGGGCGACUCCCCUCCCCGCAGGAAGUGGCUGCAGAUCGUCCCGUACUCAGUCGCAGGAACCGCGGAGCCUCGCUGCGGCGAAAAUGACAUGAGAGGCUGGGGGCGAGAGCCUCUGAGCCCCGGCAACUUCUUCGCUUCUUGCUCUAACGCGAAUUUCCACCGACUCUCCAGCAGCCGUGCUGGCCGGGCUCCCUCGCACCAUGGCCAACGUAAAAGUGGCCAUUCGGGUCCGGCCCCUCAGCACAAGGGAGAGUGCGGAUGGGGGACAGAUCUCGGUGCAGGUUGAGAACAAAGUGGUGCAAAUCAGAAACAUCAAGCUGGAUGGGCGAAUAGAUGGUCUAGGGGACUCCAGGGAGAAGCUGAUGGAGUUCGGGUUUGACUACUGCUAUUGGUCUGUUGAUCCUGAGGCCCCAGACUAUGCUUCUCAGGAGGUGGUGUUUCGGGACCUUGGUGCACCCGUGCUGGCAGGGGCAGCUGAGGGUUACAACGUGUGCCUGUUUGCCUAUGGGCAGACCGGCUCAGGCAAGACCUACACCAUGAUAGGCACACCGACAUCAGUAGGACUGACUCCCAGGAUCUGUGAGGGCCUCUUUACAAGGGAUGACCGUUACCCUGAGGGACAGAACUCCUGCAGAGUCGAAAUCAGCUUUCUUGAAAUCUACAACGAGCGUGUGCGAGACCUUUUGAGGCGCCCGGAGCAGAAGAAGCCCUUCACACUCCGUGUCCGGGAGCACCCGGAGAAGGGACCCUAUGUGCAGGGCCUGUCUCAGCAUGUUGUUUCAGAUUACAAACAGGCAGUGGAGCUCUUGGAGGAGGGAAUUGCAAACAGAAUCACGGCCGCCACUCAUGUCCAUGAUGCCAGCAGCCGAUCUCAUGCCAUCUUUACCAUUCACUACACCCAGGCCAUACUUGAGAACAACCUGCCUUCAGAAAUUGUCAGCAAAAUUAACUUGGUAGACCUGGCUGGGAGUGAGAGGGCUGAUCCACACUACUGCCGGGACCGGAUCACAGAAGGCUCCAACAUCAACAAGAGUCUGGUCACCCUGGGAAUCGUCAUCUCUUCUUUGGCCCAGAACUCCCAGAUGUUCAGCAGCUGUCAGAGCAUCAACAGUGUGGCAAGCGAGGGGGAGGGCAGCACGGCAGGCAGUCACUCCAGCUCCCUCUCAGGCGGGGGGCGGCGCUCCUGCUACAUCCCCUACCGGGACUCUGUCCUCACCUGGCUGCUGAAGGACAGCCUGGGCGGCAACUCCAAGACCAUCAUGAUAGCCACCGUCUCCCCCUCCAGCAGAAGCUACAGCGAGACACUUAGCACACUGCGCUACGCCGCCCACGCCAGAAAUAUUGUGAACAAGCCCCGCGUCAACGAGGAUGCCAAUGUGAAACUGAUCAGAGAGCUGCGUGAGGAGAUUGACAGACUGAAGGCCAUGCUGAUGAGCUUUGAAAUGCGGAACCCUAGCCCCUCCUUCAGUGAAGACAGGGAUGGCAACCUCUCAGACAUUGUGCUGCAGAACGAACUGAAGAUCGAGCAGCUGACUAAGGACUGGAGCAACAAGUGGCGGGACAGGCAGGAGCUGCUGGAGCAGUACAGAGUGGACAUCAACAGGGACAGGGCCGGAGUGCAGAUAGACUCCCACUUACCUCACCUCAUCGCCCUGGAGGGGGACAUCCUGAGCACUGGCGUCACGCUCUACCACCUCAGGGAAGGAGUGACCAGAAUUGGAUCAAAUGAUGAACAAGAUGAAGCUCACAUAGUUCUGCAGGGUCCGGCCGUGGACGGAGUGUGUUGUGAGAUCGUGAACGAGGGAGGGGUCGUGACCCUGCGGCCUGUGAAAGGGUGCAUCUGCGUAGUGAAUGAGCGAGAGGUGACAGAACCAAGCCGCCUGGCCCAAGGGGCAGUGAUUGUACUGGGGGGGGGACACCGGUUCCGCUUCAACCACCCGGCAGAGGCGGCCAUCCUGCGGCAGCGGAGACAGACCAGUGAGGUUUUCCUCAGCUCCAGAGAGCUUCUGUCCCGCCACCCUGAGACUAGACCCAGUCUUCCCUGGGACAGCAGGAGAGAAUCUGUCCUGGCACCUCCAGGGAAGGGUCUUGAAGACUCUGGGGCCGGAGGAGGGGGCUGCUGGGAACGGAGCGAGGCUGGGGCGGGGGGCGCCCCUAGGCGGCAGCUGGCGGAGCAGCAGCGCUACGUGCAGAGCCUGCGGGAGGAGAUCCAGUCCGCGCAGCGUAGGGCGGAGAGGGACCUGGAGUGGGAGCAGGCGCACCUCCAGCAGCAGCACAGGGACAAUCAGCAGUGGAUUCAGCAGGAGUCACAGCGGCUGGCCAACGAGGAGAGGAAAACAAGUGAGCUGGGAGUGCAGACAGACCCCACUUGGGGCUCGGAGGCUGGGGUCCAGGUCAUGCAAGGGUCAGGGGUAUGUGAGACCCCUCUUGGCAAGAGGAAGAAGCUGGUCCAGCAGGAGCUGCUGCGGCACCAUGCGCUCCGCAGGUCGGAGUUUAGGGUUCGCAGGAAGAGGCUAAGAUACCAGCUUGAGAAGAUUGCCCGCAAGCGGCACUUUCUGGAAGCCAAGAGGGAACUGCAGCAACUGGAGAGUGCCUUUGCCCUCAGCAGGGAGAGCCCCACAUCUCCAGAUCUCACGACCGAGCUCGGAGGAGCAGUCCCUCUCCUGCGCCGGCACUCCUUCUCCGCGGAUCUGCUCUCCCGUCUCUAUCCCAACCAAACCCCCAUCUACAGCCAUUUCCUUGCAAGGAACAAGUCCACUGAGCUACCUCCUCCCUCUGGUCAGUUUAAGUCUUCUGCCCUACGGAAAUGGCUGUCUGAAGAGUGCCUUCCAGCAGCAUCUGCAAAGAGGAUGAGGAAUUGUUCUGAGACAUCCACCACAGGACUUGGUCAGGUUUUGAGAUGUGAAAUGGGUUCAGUGGGAAACCAGAAAUCCCAGCAAACAACUCCUCCAUGCCCAGAUUCCAGCAAAGGUAAAGGAAGAGCUUUAUCCAAAAGCAGCAAAACAAAAUGUCAGGAGCCCACGAGGAGCUCAUCCAAGGGAGCAAGGAUUUCUACAAAAGGCAAUAAAGGCCUGGAAAGAAUAAGAAAAGCACUUUCACAAUCAGUAAGUCCAGGAAUCAGAACUGCACUGUCUAGAGUAUUUAGAAAACCACCCACAGGUAUAUUUAUAAAUAGAGGUGCUAAGUCUGUUAAAAAAAUAAGUUGCAAGUUGACUAAGAGUUUGGACAGCAAGACUGCAGAGAAGUGCCUCACCAAAAUGGCAUCUUGUGAAGAUCUGGACCAUCUUAGCAAGGCUGGAGCAGACUGCUGGCAUAAGCGCUGGCAUAGUGCAGACUUUCUGACUGGAGGAAUCAGACAGGGUACAGGUUGGGAGCUGGGUGAGGAGAAUGAAGAAGAAAGGUCCUCUGAUUCUGACAGCAUGUACUCGCUGGAUUCCCUUUCAUCAGCAUAUACCAAAGCCUUGGCUGAGCAACUAAAACAGGAAGACGCAGACCAGCUGGUACAAAGCGAUGAAGAGAGCAUUGACAGCCAGAUGUCACAAGACUCCUUGGUGACCAAUGGAGAAAGGAAGCAAUCUGAGAGACCAGCGGUGGCUCUGUCAAAUACAGAACCUUGUUCAUUUUUCGGUAACCCAUAUUCAGCAGGUAACUCUCAUUCCUGGCAAGCGAGAAGAGUCUCACUGGAUAGUCUGGCUGGUGAUGAAGAAAGAGAUAUUAACUUUUCCCCCCUUGGCUCUGCUACAUCUGAUGAAAUGCCUGUUGAAAUUUACUGGAAACGCCAGAGUCCACGAAUAAAAGCUGGCAUUAAUACCAAAGCUCUUAAGGAAAACGCGUUUCUGCAGCAGAUGAAGCCCUUGUUUUACCAAGGAGGAGAAACUAAGGAGGAAACUGGAGAGAGGGUUUGUAAGUUGAGAGAUGAUCCCUGUUUGAAAACAUGUCCAUCAUCAGCCAAUUGGCGGACAUAUUCCAGAGAGGAGGAAAGUUUGCUGGCUCUUACAGAUGCCUGGUCUUCAUCUGAGACUAAUGAAAGCCCCAGGAUUCUUCAAGAUACAAAUCAAGAGGUUGCCAACAUGGUAAAGGGCAGCCCAAAGAGAGGUGCUGAAUUGUCAGAUUCAAUGAGUAGUCUGCUUAGUUCUGGAUUUGAAAGAGAUAUAUCUAAUGCCUGUACAUUAGACAGUAACACAACCCUAAAGGAACAAAGUUACUGGGAUUUAGAGUAUUGCACGAACAUGGAAACCAUCCUGGGCAAUACAUUGAAAUCAAAGACUCUGCCAUCGAUUCCAGUUUCAUUCGGAAAUGAGAUUGCACUACAGGGGCAGCUUUUGACUUCUGAACCUGGAAUAAAUGAAAAAUGUUCAGCCGUAGCAGAAUGUAGAUCGACAGCAAAAGAGGUUCCUGUCAUAGAAUCUGAAGUUACAAAAUUCAAUUCUGAUUCAAACUGUGCUGAGGAGAAAGAGAAUCACCCUGAGAAAGAGGUUCAUGCAAAGCUCACAUGUUCCUCAGUGAUCCUUCCAUCUCUUGGUUCCAGCAAUAAUGACCUCCAGGCAUCAAACAGGACAGUCUCAAUGGAGCAUUCUGAUCAUUUACAUGCUUUUAUUUCUUCAGGCUUACUGUACAUUGAUCCUGCUGGUGAUACUCAUUCACAUUCUAGCAGUGGCAAUCUUUCAGAAUCCUCUUAUGAAGACAACCAAUCUGUUUCUGGAGGCACUAGUAAAAUGAGGAGUGAUUGUACAGUUAAAUCAGAAAAAGCAAUUCAAAAACAUGUUAGUGCACAGGAUAAUGAUGUGAUUCCUCAGUCUCAAUUGAUCACCAAAAUUGCAUGGCAGAUACAGUCUCAAUGGACCUUUAAAGAUGUAAACAUAGAUGAGAGCAUGGAUUCUCCAUUAUCAUCCCAUGAACAAGAGACAGAAAGGUUUCUGUGGCAUGAAUCUCAUUCUAAUACAGUAUUUAGUGGAUCGAGCCCUCAGGUCAGCAUGAAAGUUAACACUAACUCUAAUAUUAACUGUCUCAGUAAUCAAAGCAGUCCGAUCGUUAAGGAAGUAUACUUUCAGGAUGCAAUGAGUGAACUGCAGAAUGGAACUGGGAAUCUGCAGGAUAAUGGAGUCGUUCCCAUGACUUCAAGAAAUGUAGCAAGUCCAGAUUAUACCUCAACAGGCAAAGACCAGAUCGAUUCCUUCCAUCCUGCUGCUUGUGAUUUCUCUUUAGGGUCACACGUAGUCACACCCCCACUGGAGAGUAAUAAUGAGGAAGAUGCAGACCAAAAGAAUGCACUGUCACAAGAGAAGUACCAAGAGUCUCCACCUGUCAAUUUGGCUCUCUGUCGCAGUGAAAUACAGCAAGUAAAGGAAAAGAUGGCAAGAGUUAGGAACUUUGAAGGUGCACAGAAAGCUGUAAUGAAGGAAAACCCAAAAGAGCAGAAUAAGACACAGUGUAAAAUUCUGCAGAGUAGCUUGGAUAGAACACAAGUCAAGGGAGAGGAUGUUUCCAAGAGUAAAGAGAAAGGCAGUUGCGAGUCAAAAGAACUCAAAGAUGAUUCAAUGGGAAAAGCCGAGAAGCAGUGUAAGCCUGGUCCAGGCAUAAUGUAUACAACUAGAAUUGAUGGUCAGAGCUCCAACACAUCAGAACAUAAAGCUCCUGAGGUGUCCCACCUGGAAAAUACUACAGUAGAAUUUAGAAAAGACAGCUGGAAAAACCCAGUGGAAUGUAGUAAAAUAAAGACAAAUCUGGAAACUACAGAAAGAGUGAAUAUUCUGAACUGUCGUACUAUUGUACAGGACAGUCAGGUAUCUGCAGAAGUCACUGGAAAGGAUUGCAUCGUGAUAUUAGAUAGCACUGAAAAAAAAAAUGAAUUAAGUGAGUGUAGCAAAGAAGACAUGCCCAGAGUAACCAGGGUGGUAGCAACUGCAACUACAAGUGACAGUCAAAAGUCUGACACCACUAGUAGACCUUAUAGUCUUCUCCAGAAAACACUAACAGAUCCUGGUGAAAUUCAGGAUGUUCGUGGGGAGCAGUGCAGAAUUCAAAGUGUACUGGAGUGUGAGAAGGAAGAGCUCGCACCAACGAAGAAACAAUCUUCAGUGGCAAACCCAGAAAAUGGAAACAAGACUCUAAAAAGCAGAGAGGACAUAGACAAGAUUCAAAUGAUGAUUAACAAAGAAGGAAGCACAUCAGGUUUAAAACAUUCCAAGUCAGAAACCCCAGAGAUUGCCUGCUUUUCAGUUGACCAGAAGAUCUCUGAAGUAGUGAAAGAACAUAUGGACUGUUUAAUGAAAGAGAGCAAGGAAGGCAUUAUUCAUGGAAGAGAGGGGGAACAUGAGGUGGUGAUGGGUUGCAGUGAGUCAAAUCAUCAUAGCGAACAUGAAGUCCUGAGUGAACAGGAACUCCGUCCUUUCUCAAGAGAAAGCAGACCCCCUCUUGCAGGGAAUCUUGUUUCCUUGGACAGUUGUGAUUCUUGUGCUUCUCCAGAAAAUGAUCUUGAUGAUUUGUGUAGCUCUCCACAGCCCUGCCAUUCACAUUUCCAAACAUCACAUUCUCCUCUUGUUUGUGUCCUUAAAGAUGCAUACGUCAGAGUUGAUAUGGCAAAUUUUGACCUUGAGGGCAAAGAUCUUUCCAGCUUACCACUUUCUUCCCAGGACCAAGAAGUCCUGGAGGUGAAAAAAGACAUAGCAGGUCUGACACAAGGACAUGACAGGGAAAACAAGCCUGACCAAAACACUCCGAAAAAGAAAGAACCCCAGUCUUCUGAAAGGAUGAACUACGUUCAGAUUGGAAACAGUGGAAAUAGCAGUACAAAUGUGUUUCAGCAGACAGCAGAAGAAAAGCAUGGCGUUUCAAAACAGGGCGACAACCAAGAAUCUGCAGACUCAAACUCAAAAGAGACAGAAGAGAGCCACCCCAAAGCCCCAGAAGGAAAUGAGUCUCAAGGUUUGGGCUAUGCAACAAAGAAAGCAAAAGAGAUCUCUAGUGUUGUUGAGAAGGAUUUCCAACACUUAACAAAAUUCACGGGUAAAGUCAGCAGUAGUUUUAGAAAAAAUAUUGAAGGCACUCUAACCAGAUUAAAACCUGUUUCAGUGCAAACCGCGGAAAGCAAUACCUCAGAUGAAAAGAGAAGUAUAGAAGGAACACAGGAAUUCAGAGGAGGAACAGGAAGUAUAACGGAGUGGGAAAGAGAUGGUGAGGAGGAAAGUAAAGAAUACUUAUCAGAAGACCUUCUGUGUCCUUUUGUAGAUGUCACUAAGAAUGAAUCAUUAGAUCACAGAGAGCAAGACUUGGAUAGACCAGAGGGUGUCAGGGAAGCUGAACUACAACCAGAAGGCUGCUAUUUAGAAAAUGUCGCCAGUUCAUCCAACCCAGAAUAUUCUUGGGAGUUUAAGAGAGAUCUGGAUGUGAAUGCCUCUAUGCCACUGUCAAGCAGCAAUACACAGAAUGGCCCAGGUGCCCAAGAUUAUUUAGAUAUUAGGAUGUCAAAUUGGACGGUUCCAUUUGAUCAGGCUGUCCAGCCUAUGGUUAACAGAUCCUCCCAAGCACUUUCUUUGUCAACAGAUUUCAGGAUACAGUCUAAGCCUGAGCCUGAAGAAUCACCAGCUUUCACUGCUCAAAUUGAAUUUGAUCGGAUCCUGAAAUCUUCAUCGUACAAAAGCUUUGCAAAAUAUGGGUGUGCUGACAUGGCCAAAAAUGGUGGUGAAUAUGCAUUGAACUCUCUGGAGGAAGGGACUAACAGUGACGAUUCUUUUUGUGAUGUAUUUUCUAAUAAAAUAAGCUGUGCUGGUAACGUGCUCCUGAGUAGUAAAAAAGAUAACCUAUUAGCAGCUGAAUCUGAAGUGGUACUUAGAAAAGAAAUCUUAAGAGGAGCACCAAGGAAAUCACAGAUAAAUUCAUGCCAUGUCUCUGAUUUGAACAAUAUUAUACCUGCUCAGGAUGCAGGUGAGUCAGUGAUAGAUAGCAAUGCUGAAAAUGGUCAGUGGUUCUCUCCAGGACAGGACCUAGGAAGUUCGAAAAAUAUGGAAGAACAGAGAGACAAAGAAAACCGAGACGAACUACAGAGUUCCUGUCAUAUCACUAGUCCUGCUUACAUCAGCAGUGAGCAGUUCCCGGAAGGUCACAUUCACAACUCCAAAGGUAAUAUUACCCAAGCUGAAAAUAGGCCUUUUAAUAACAAACUACCAUCUAUCCAUGUAACACCUGUUACAUAUUUCCCUGAAAGUCAGGUUUCAUCCCACAAUUACUGCUCAAGCCAUAAGAACCAGGAAGCUAAAGAAUGUAUUUAUGUUAUGGAGCCAGGUCUAGAUGAGAAUAUUAAGGUGUUGAAUGUUUUUGAAGCAUCUUUAAAUUCUCAAGUAUCAGAUUAUGAAAUAAUCUGCUUGAAGGACAGAUCAACUGGGCUUCAGGAGACCAGCAAGUCUACUUGUUCAGCACAGGAUUCACCAGUUUCUUUGGAUCUGACUGCUACUCUCCCCAGGACUGCAGACAACAGCUCAUCUCCUGACUCCCACAUCAGUGCUGCAGAGAAUGAUAGCCUACUUUUACUUUGUGGGCAUGGCUCUGAAGAGCACAGUAGUGCCCAGGCAAAAAAGUACCAUCUGAAAAGGGCAGGUGACCACAUUAUUGGAGAAACACAAAGUUUUAAGAGAAAAAUCAUGGAGAGUGGUCCACAAACUGACAAUUCUACACAGAGCUGUGAACAACCUACAAGUAGCACACUAGUGGCCAAUGCCACUACAUGUCCUGUAGAGGAAAGUAUUAUUCCACCCAAGUUGCUUUCUUCUUCACAGUGUGAUAGUGCCAUGGAAAGCCAUGAAUCACAAACUGAAGUGCAUUAUAGCAGUGUAAGACAAAAAGAUUCCUUGGACACUGAUCAGACGAGAAUCUCUCAGUGUAAAAAAGACAACAGUGGUGACCACCACAAGACAAAGCAGAAACUGAAAAGAGUUGAUCCACAGACAUCACUAAAAGAGAGCUCCUCAUCACCAGAGUCCAGUCUCAGUUUAUCCGAGGAGCCAUCUCUAGACAGGCCCUUAGCGGCCUUGUCCAGGCAUGGUGCUCAGAAGCACAGCGUGGAUAGCUGCAAGGAAGAAUGUUGCUCUCUUCUACAUAUACACAGAGUGUCAUCCCCUGUAAUUUCUGUGACACCCCAUGAAGGUGGCUUUGCUUUUGAAACUAGCACAAACUCACACCAGAGUUCCCGUAUUGUGUGUGCACAGUCUAACUCAGAAGCCAAUGAAGGUAGUUGUGUAGAGCACAACGCUAAGACGAAGCAUAAGCCAAGCCUUAUACUAACAGGAAUUCAAAGGACAUCUUCAAUAGAAAAUGCUCAGUUAUCGACAAACAAAAUAAAGGACUACACAACUGUUGGGCCUCUCUCUGUGUCUGUGAGCUCAGAUGAAGAGAGAAAAGCUCUACCUUGUUGUUCAAUAGGUGAUGGAUCAGACCCCUACCUUAAUCACCAGGGACAAAACUCAAAAUCCCAAGAUCAAGGAGGAGUGCAUCUGCCUGAUGUAAAGGAUGCAAUGCAUUUUAGUUCCAGUGAUAUCAACCCCUUUGUCCACCCAUGGCAGGAGAAAGAGGCCAACAGAGUGACCUUUAAAAAUCAACCGUUUGGGAGUGUCAGUGAUUUCUCUUCCCAGUCAUUUGACUGUGGUACCCAAGGAGUCGCACGGUGCUGUAGUGUCGACAAUGUCUUAAAUAUUCAGAACUCUCCUUUUCACUCCCAUUUGAGCUCUUUUGCCAACACUAGAGGAAUUUCCAGCACCCUUAGUAGCAUGGAAGACUUUCAGAGGCAAGACACCUUUGAAUAUAACCAUAGAGGUGGCAGCUAUCCUUCCUGUCAAGAGGUACUGGAUUCAGGGAGCUGUAGUAUUGGCUCUGGAGAUCUUGGCAACAGCUCGAUUCAAGUCGAUGAAAUUAUGGUCCUCUAUUCCUCAGAGCCUGAGUCGACAGUAGGUUCCUGCAAAGGCACUCCUAGGUUGACCUGUGAACAUGGCACCCAGACUUCAGCUGAUUGUUGGAAAAGAAAGAAAAACCGUCACAAAAGAAGCAGCACUCAGGUACCUGUUUCUCAGAGAGUACCUGAGGAGAAUGGUGAUGAACAGCCUACUUCGUGGGCAAGCCUGCAGAACAUGUCUUUCCAUCUUUCUCAGCUUAUUCAUAACACCUCGGAUCUGCUUGGAAAUAUAAAAAAUGUACAAGUCAAAGAUGCCUCGCACCUCACACCUAGCAGGCCUAAGCUCUUUGGUGCAUUUUCAGAGAGAAGUAGAAGGAGGGACAGCUCCACACAGACUACAGUUGAUGUUGGCAUUCAGACAGAGAAAAUCUUCAAAUCAACUAGUAAGUCAACGAACAAAACAGUGCUGGCUGAGGAACGCACAAAACCACCGGAAGUCAGCGUUAUCGUAAAAGUGAUAGGUUCAGAGGUACUUGACAUUUCUCAGGAAAACAAAGACAUUACACUAGCCUUGCAAGACCAGGAAAAAAGGACAGCGGUGAAGAUCCAAAGCAUGCCAGACCUACGCAAGAGCAGCUCUGCUGUUUUGCUGCCAGAAACAACAAUGGGUGCUGUCCCACUAAGUAUUCGAACUUCAACACCUUCUCUAGAGACUGUUAACCAGAAUCACUUGCCAUUCAGUCCCAGAAUCUCUCCUGUCACAUCCCCCGCCUGUAUUUCUGCAUCAGAAGAUGGCACCAAUCUGGAAGUCUCUAGGAUGACCAGUUGUUCCUCACAGUUCACUAGAUCUGACAACCAGAUGCACCCAAGGGAAAAUUCUGUACACAACAGUCCAUGCAGAAAUACAUCUUCAAGACAAGUAUGUUUGAUAGAUCGUGCUUCUUCACCCAUUCUAACAGUUGAGGCUGGAGUUAACUCUUGUAUGGUUAGGAGCAAAUCUGUUCAGUGCCUUGCAAACCACGAGACGUCUGAAAAAGUGUUCAUAGAAGACUCUUUCAGGCAGCAAAAGAGAAAUCGGUCAGCCUCAUGGUAUGGAUUCCGACAUAAAGAUGGAAGAAUCCCAUCUGAGCAAAAAGUGUCAGAAGACCAUUAUCAUGAUGGCAAUCAAUUAAGUAAGAGGCUUGCAAAUAGACCCAUCGCCAACACCUCCACUGCAGACAACUUCAGUAACCCAUGUACAGGAGAGAGGGAAAAAUACUCUUCUGUGAAUACUGUUCACAUGCGAGGCUUUACAAAACAAGAUUCUGGCAACAGAUCAAAUUACACUCUAGAUGGACAUGGGAGGAAAAUUGUCAAUAGGUCCCAGUGUAUUGCUCAUCCUCCUGGGUGCCAGAUAGGGAACUUGAGUUCUAGACAGUCAAGGGUGUCUUCCUGGUCUCGGCAACAAAGUGGGAACACAAAAAACCUUGCUCUCUCAAAACAAAAACCAGCUGAAAGUCAGCUCCUGUCCAGCAAGCUGGAGGAAAAGCCCAGGAGGAAACCACAACAGUUUUCUGGCCCUGAAUGCGAACUAAAUAACAGAAGUGGUGAAGGAUACCAGACUUCAUCUGAAGAUGGGGAGCGAUGGAGGAGCCCAUGUGAGCCUUCUGAAAUGAGUGAAAGAGCCAUCCAUCUUCAGGAUGAUGACACCAUGUCAGUGGCUCCUAGCGAGUGCAACACAGACGUCCUUCUCAAUAUAAACCCUCUGGCAGAUGACUCUCCGGACUCUCAGGGAAACUGCAGGUUGCCUGAAGAUUUACCAAUGCACAACAAGUUUACCAACUGGUCAGGUGUUCACUACCGACCUCCUUCAAGUCUGAACAGUAGUGUGGUGAUGGGGCUGGGGAAAUCCCAGCCCAGGAAGACAAAGAAGGAGAAAUCUGGUAGCAUAGCUAGUGGCUGUUUGGAUUCAAGAGAGCCAAAGGAUGAGAGGGCCAGAGAAAUUGAGAGGCUGCGGAAGGAGAGGGCACAAGUCAUGGCAGCAGUUCGCUUAGAUCUGAACCCUCACCAGCUGACAGUGGAGUUGACAGAGGCCAAGCUCAACUAUGGCCUGGGAGAGACAGACACUCUUCUGAAGCUGCUGCACACUGGGGCUGCUGAAGAGUCCUGCCCAAUGCCCACCAAAGAGCAGCUGUAUGAUAGACACAAGAAGAGCAUUGAGGGGCUGCGACAGGAGAGGGAGACUCAGCUCCAGAGAUGCAGACGAGCCCGCAGCCUGAGCCCCAGCAAGCAUCCUUUUGCCCAGGGACAGGGUGCAGCGCUGCUCCCGAAGGACCCUGACACGCCCAGCCGGCACAGGGAAUACCUGCAGCAGUUACGCCAGGGCGUUGUGGACAGCACCCGGAUCCCGCAGCCCAAGAGGCUAAUGGCACAGUGCCCCUCUGAGAUAGAGCUGUUGUUGCGGGACUAUGGGAAGGCACGUGAAGAGGCAAAGACAGAGAUCGCUCGUGCCCGAGACCGACUCAGAAAAAGGACAGAGCAAGAGAAGAAGCGUCUGCAGCAGCAGGCCCUGUCCCAGAUUCUCAGGGCCCAGGAUGAUCUGCGGUUCAGGACAAGGAUCAGCACCAGCACACUCUGUACUGGAUCUAGCUUAAGUCUGUCUUCUGGCCCCACCUCAGGCUACAACAGCAGUAACACUGUUGCGCCAAUAGAGGGCACCACACUAGCACUGCAGGCUGCUGAGUCCUCAGAGGAGCGGGCAGAGAGGGUCAGGGGUCGGCCCACAGUGAGGGGCUCCCAGUGCUCGGAUGCCCAGCGCCAGUGGCUGUCUGCUCACGAUGUCCGUCUGGAGGGCCCUGGCUUUGAGAAUAGUGCCCGGCAGCCUCUGGUCCCAAGAGUCAGGGAGAGGACCCGGUCUGUCAACUCGAUCUCGUCUGUGUCGGGAGCCUAUCAGGAGAUAGCCGCAUGUACAGUUGCCUGUGCUAUGGCAGAGAUCCGAUCUGCUUCUGAAGGAGACCUGGGAAACUUAUUCUCAGGGAACUCUUUGGGAGGCUGGAAGUACCAAGGGCUGGAGCAAGGGGUGCUGGUGUACUACAAGCCUUUCUCCAGCCCAUCCAUGCACGGCUUCCUGGGGGCAGCUGUGAUCAAGCAGCCUCUGUACAGCGUGUGGUGUAUGAUCAGGGACCACUCCAAGACUCACCUUUACCACAGAGCUGUCAAGACAGCACAGGCCACAAGGCUGGACAGCACCACACAGCUGGUGUAUGUGGUGAUGGACACUUCAGUGUGCUACCUCAAACAGCCCCGGGACUUCUGCUGCAUCAGCGCUGAGGACAAGCAGGAAGGCCAGUUUGUGCUGGCGAUGCGCUCCAUAUACGAUGAGAGCCUGCCCCGCCCUGGCACAGAGAUGGUGCGUGGAGAGCUGCUGCCCAGCGCCUGGGUACUGCAGCCCCACACCCGUGAUGGGAAAGAGGUCACCAGGGUCAUCUACAUGACACAGGUCGAUCUGGGGACUCCAGUCCUUCCACAGCCCCUGCUGGGCUCAGUGGCCAAGAGGCAGGCGAUGGUUAUAGCAGAUCUGGACAGCUUUUUCUCUUUCUGAGACCAGCAGCUUUCAUCCGCAAGCAGGGCUGCCAAGAUGGACAAGGAAAUCCUCCUAAGUGUGCUUGGAUGGUUUGCAGGUUGACCUAAAGGUCAGAAUCCAUGCAGCCACUGAUGCACCUCUAAGACCCAUUUGAAGAAAGUGCUUCUGCAUUUACUCUAUACCUUUCAUGAUUUGCUACUUAUAGAAGCCAUAAAGCAGACAGGGAUGUAAAGACACUAAUCACAAGGCAAAACCAUAUGAUGUAUUUGCCAUAUGAAAUAUGAAGCAGAUAGUUUUUGUUUAUUUUGAUCAGAGAGUAUACCUUAAACACUUAACUUUCAGUGCUUAGUCAUGAUGAACAGAUAACAACCCAUGAUAAUAUAUAUACAGUAUAUAAUACGGACAAUUGCUCUACUGAAAUUGCUGCGUUGCUGUGCCUACUAGGGCUGCUUCAGUCUCUAUUUUCCAGCAGUCAUCUCUGAGGAGGAAAUAAAGCUUUUAGAGAACGUUUCAGUGACUGGGAACAUUUUCCUCUCAAGCAAAGAGUGCUAAGUUCACAGAGACCAAAAAAAUCCUGGUUUCUAUUUCAGUAGUUUUUAAUACUAUUUUUAAGCACUGCUGUGUUUAAUUCAAGUCAGCAGUACCUUCAUUGCAGAUAUCUAAGAUAUUGUGGACUGAACAUAUUGUGCCAAAGAUAAGCAAACUCUUGAAAGCACAUGGAACACAGAUUGUCAUACUGGACCUUUCACAAAACAUUCUGUUAGAAGUCUAAACCACUAAAUAUAAACUACAUACCCUGCAGCUCAGUCUUUAAAGAGAGCUGCGUAUAACAUCGGCACUUCACUGUGAUUUCUUGCUUUACUAGUCUGAUGUCCUAUUACAUGUUUCAAAUAUGAUUUUCUGUUGCUGUUGUAAUAAAAAGACUCCAUUAAGUGGUGUGCUGCAAAAAACACAAUUGUAGUGAAUCAGAAAAGACUGAAUUGAAAUUCAAACAAUAAGUGGUGGAGAAUCACAGUUAUACAGACCUUUUCAGUGAAUGACUCAGUUUUGUGCAAACCAGGUUUGCACAGUAAAACAGCUGAUAUUUACUUUUGAGAAUUUUAAUUUCAGAAUCCUUAUUUUUUGUGACAUGGAAAAUAUUUUAAACAAGCUUGAGCAGAAAUUAACAGGGAAGUACUGAUGACAUAUAUCAGUCCUUCAAGUCUAGUAUUCAUCUGUGCAAAAUGUGCUUUAGAGUCAGCGAUUCAAUGAUUAGGUCAGCAAAUAAGCAUCACCAAGAAUGUUAUGUAAUUUAUCAGACCUAAAAAACUUGAAUUUUACCUGAACUGAUUAUGUAUAUAAGUAUCUUUGUGUUUAUAUGUAUAUGUGGUUAUUUACUAUUUUCAUUCACUUAUGCAAAAAAUGUUACGAUAUUCCUGACACAGCAAGCCUUAUUAGAAAAUCACUUAAAUUCCUAUAAAUUUACUUUGGUGUUACUUCAUUGUCUGACAAGCUUUCACACUUCCUCUUACUGAAACAAUUUACCUGGAGCCUGCCGUUUGAGAAUAUUUUCAGGCAUUGUAAUAUGGAGGGGAUACCUGGAUAUGAUAUGAUAUAAUAUGAUUAGCCAUACAAAUACGUACAAACUGUUUAAUAAUCUAUAUAAUAGAUUGAGAAACACAUUUGUUUAAAUCCGUACAUAGAAUUUGUACAUAGUUUUACAUUUAACUGACUUCAGGCUUGGAAAAAUCUACUGCUUUGAGAGUAAGUGGUGUUAACAGGACUGUCAGUUCAAAAGACUGCAUCCCUCUGCAUUUAAUAUUGCAGGGUUAGACUCUGAAAUUUAGAAAUUUGUGUAGGAUAGACCAGAUUAAGCUUGUACCUCAGAGGAACAAAUAGGCUAUACAUUAUGUACUUUACAGUGCCAGCUACAGGGUUAAUAUUGUAGCUUCAAAACACACUAUAGAUUUCAAUCUGAUAUGUGCUAAUGUUGUGAAAAUGUGUCUCUGGGUUCAUUGUUACAGCUGUACCUGUACUCACCUCAUCUUCUAUAGUAAAGCCUUAAUUUGUAAAUUUAAUCUUUUAUUUUAAGGUGUGUGUAUUAAAACAAUAGCAAACUGUCUCACUGUGUUACCAAUAUAGCAUCAAACCUGAGGUGAAAACAAGUACUGUACUAUAUGAAGUAUGAACACCUCCUGACUGUGGAAAAGCUCAUAAAAAGAUAUUUGCUUAUGGCCUGCAAAGACAAGAACACUGGGCUCUCCCCCUUUGAUUGAAAGAGCAGUUUAUAAUUGCCCAUUGCCACUCUGUGAAUUCUGAUGUUAGAAUACCCUCUAGAUUGACCUAAUCUACAGUGGCUGAAAGCAUAAUAGGGAUGUGAUAGAAUAACAUGGGUCAAUGAUAAAAUAUGGAGAUCAAACAGUCCAAAAAAAAAUCCCCUAUUGUUGAUUCAUUUGAAGGCUGCAUGCUACAACACAUUAAUGUUGACAUAACUGGGUUACUCUUGGAACCUAAAAUUAAUAAUUCAAAUGAAGGCUGAUCUCUUUUAAAGAAGGAUGUACAGAUAGUUUUAUUUUUAUAAAUAUAUAUGUGUGCAAGAAUGUUUACAAGUUCAAAAUAACAAAGAUUAUUUAUGUGUUGGAGUGGAUUUUGUAUUUUUUGUAUUCUGUUCUGCUUUUUAAAAUUCGUAUCACAAGCAUUUUUGU